GGUAUUCAAAUGAAUCUCUGUAAUCAGUUUAUUAAUUCUGUACGGUUAUAUACAAAUUUCAAUUUGGGAAACAAAUUGUUUAAAUCAUUCAAUUUUUCACCAUUGAAUCUUACUAAAUUUAGCUUAAAUCCUCUACAAAUUUAUAAACAUGAAUUAUCAACAAGUUGUAGUUUAAAUCGCUGUCCUGGCAUAACGUAUCCGCGACCAGUUAGUCGCUAUUGGGCAAUUAGUAAAAUGAGGGAUCCUCAUCAAUACACAGUUGAUCCACUUCCAUUAGUACGAACAGGAGGACGAGGACCUGACGGUAAAAUUCAACUAAAACACGUCACAACUGGAUUAAAUCGUCCAUGGUUUAUGGUGGAUCACAAUCGUUCCAGACAAGUUUUAACUAAAACUAUCCAUGAAGAAUUAGUAUUACAGGUCAAAAAAACAUGGUGGAGACACCCGUUUAUUGCUUUAGUAGCCUCAGGUGAAGUGAAAAGAUGGAUUAUUGCAACUGCUAGUAUGAAACCUGGAGAUAUUAUACGUUCACAUGUAGAUAUCCCUACUAUUCCAGUUGAUCCAAAAGAAGGUGAUGCUCAUCCAAUCGGUGCAUUACCAGUUGGUACAAUCAUCAGUCAAUUUGAAAUAAAACCUGGUCAAGGUGCUUUAUUUUGUCGGACAGCAGGAUCUAGUGCAACAAUAUUUCGACGUGGAAAAUAUGUUGGUUCAAAAUUAAAUGAAGAAUUAAAUUUAACAUCUUUAACUGAUGAACUAGGAGAUGAAUAUGUUGUAUUUGUUAGAACCAAUGGAAAACGUAAGAUUUAUCGACUUUUACCAACAUGUAUGUGUGUAGUUGGACAAGUUUCUAAUCAAAAUCAUGAUCAAUUUAGAUUUCGUAAAUUUGGUGAAAAGAAAUGGAGAGGGAUAAAACAACGCAGUGGAUUGUGGCAGCGUAAAACAGGAAGAUUUGGUCGGAAAGUACGACCGAUCGGUCCACCUAUCGACCUUGUACCAUGUCAAAGCUCACCAGACUACUUUAAAUUAAAAUGUUCGUAUCCUGGUCGAUCAGAAUAUACAAUGCGUAAGAAACAAGAUAUGUAUGAAGCUUUACAUGCAAAAAACAAACCAAGACCACAACCUAUUCCUGGACGUCACAAUGAAUCACCUGACAAAAUGCCACGAUAUCGUUGGUGUUCUUGGUCAUCUGUACGAUAAGAAGCACAAAUCCUACAAAUCUUAUGAAUUUGAAUGUGUAAUAUCUGAUGGUUGUACUAAAUAGUUAUUAAUAUGCCUUUUAACGGUAAUCACCUACUUUAGCUAUUUUAUAAAAAGAAAUAAUGUGGAAGUAAAUUUAUUCAAAUCUAAAACCACGAAUGAACCAAGUCAACAGCUAUAUCUACUGUAUUAUAACGAUGACGCUUGUAUAAACGAGGCAGGUCAUAGCGAAGUUCUGCAACCACUUUGCCCUGUGCACCAAUACUCUGUAUUGUAUGUAGAACAUGCUAUACAGUUAUUAAAAAAAAAG